UGCAAACUGUACAGUUCAACUCUGAUUCCUGUCCAACGAUGCUCAAGUGCUCAAGUGCCAAUUAACUUGGUCCAAGGCCCUUAUUGCUUCUCCAGACGCCUAUCAAUGCACCAUGCCUACGGUAUCAUCAGUUGUUUGGACCAGUAUUACAAUCUUGAGCGUCUCGACAUCCUGCUGGCAACCGGAACUGCAUGCUGCUCAAUUGACUUUGAGGCUAAUUUUUCCGACGCUCUGUUUCCUUCGCUUUAGCGUUGAUACCACAGAUAUUCCACAUUCCGUGUCUAGAUACUCGGCUCACGUGUAUGUUGUUUAGGUGCCAACUCGAUCUCGAGCUUCGCCCUGAGUUGUUUAUUUUCCGAACGGCAAUUGAUUUAUGUGCAUGGAGCCGUGAAUAUACCAUACCAGGUUAUCCUUGCCGCCGGAAAUAUGCUGAACAUGUCCACCUUUCUCUGCGAGACAUGAAGGCGACCAAGCCACGUGCCAAUUGCCUCAACUUUCCUUUACUUCGUAGCGAAUGCGGC